CUGUCAAAAUGUUAAUCGUUUGGCAGUAAAGUUCGAUUUCAUUUUGAUAUUUCCCUAAAAAGUGAAGAAACUUUUCUGGUUUCCUAAUGCUGAUUAGUGGAAAAGUUUCCUGAACCAAUUGGGGAUAUGGACUACGUUUACAUGAGCGGUGAUCCGGGCAAUCGGACGGAGGAUAUCAUCACCCUUACGAUGUACGAUAACGGACCACCGGCAGGAGAUUACCCGGAGAUCGACUAUAGUACGUUCAACAUUGGUUUCGGUGAACCGGAGCUGAUGGAACACGGAAUGAUUCUCGCCGAUGGUGGAGAUCGUUUUGGCGUUUCGACCGUAGCAUUCGAUACCAGAGAGGAACUAAUCUGGAUGGGAAAUCAGGGAGGACAUGUAACUUCUUACUACGGAGGAACGAUGCAGAAGUACACGUCCUUUCAGGUGCACGCAAAUGAAAAUAUCCGACAAAUUCAUACCAUCGAUUCCGGGAUACUGGCUCUAACCAGCACUACACUGCGGCAUCAGCUUCGCCGGGGAAUACCGAAGUUUACAUUUCGAUCGGAGAAAAUGGUCGACAUGCUGUGUAUGAUUGAGCAUCAACCGAAUCGGAUGCUGAUUGGCGGGCAUCAGAGCGAUUUGAUUGAUUUUGAUGUUGCCACCUGUAGCGAAGUUGGGUGCGUUGCUGCCGGACAAAAUGGAUGCGCAAUUUUGCGGAGUUAUGCGCGGUAUCUCUGCGAGGGGGAUGCGUACGGAAAGAUAACGCUUCGCGAUCCUAAUACUCUCACGGUUGAACACGAGCUGAUGACACAUUCCGGCAGUUUGUCGGAUUUUGACGUACAAGGAAAUUACUUGAUAUCGUGUGGUUUCAGUGGAAGGCAAGGAAACUUGGCCAUUGACCGCUUUCUGAUGGUGUACGAUAUGAGAAUGUUGCGUUUAGUAUCGCCCAUUCAAGUACUGGUUGAGCCACAACUACUAAAAUUCCUUCCAUCGCACUGUUCUCGACUAGCCGUUGUUUCUCCUAUGGGACAACUUCAACUAGUGGACACAGUGGAACUGAGCGAACCUCGAGUGUGUAUGUUCCAGAUCAACACAACGGGUUCUCAGUGUCUUACCUUUGAUAUCAGCUCAUCCAGCCAAGCGUUUGCAUUCGGAGAUCAAUCCGGUCACAUAAAUUUAGUUGCCGCCGUUAAGAUCAACACUCCAUCGCUGCAGUUCAAUCCUUUUUCCCGAGAGACUGAGUUCGCGGAUACUGUUGAGCCGCUUCCAAUGGUUUCUAUCACCGAUAAGAACUUUCCGCUUUCUUCAAUUUUGCUACCACAUUUAACAACUGGAACCCGCUGGCUCAGCGACUGGCCACAGUUUAUGAAUACGUACGAAUACUUGAAACCCAAACCCAUCAGUCCGGAAAUAAUGAGCACAAUGAAGAUGCAGGGUCCGAUUGGAUAUGCUCCAAAUCCGAAAAAGUCAUUGCGCAAUCAAAUUCCUUACAUCAUGGACAAGAGUUCUUCUGCAAAUCAAAGCUCAGCACCGGUUAGCAGUUCCCAGAAAGGAACCACCGAUCAGGGUAUGAAACUGGUGCCGCGUCGUUAUCGAAGAGUAGAAGUCAAAUACAGCAAACUCGGCUGUCAGGAUUUCGACUUUGAACAGUACAAUCAAACCGGUUUCGUUGGACUGGAAGCGAAUCUCCCCAAUGCCUAUUGCAACGCCAUGUUGCAAACCCUCUAUUUCAUUACUCCACUGCGGAAGGCUAUUCUUACGCACUGCUGUUCGAAAGAAUUCUGUUUGGCAUGUGAACUUGGCUUUCUGUUUCACAUGUUGGAUGCUGGAACCUCGAAUCAACCCUGCCAAGCCAGCAAUUUUCUCCGAUCGUUCCGAACCGUUCCGGAAGCAGCUGCCCUCGGGUUGAUACUUUCUUCGGAUCGAAGCAACAAUGCUAACAUCAAUCUGAUCAGCCUAAUUCAAAACUGGAAUCGAUUUAUCCUGCACCAGAUGCACUACGAACUGCUGGAGGCUGUGAAGAAGAAGGAAAGUUUGAUCCCCCACGAUACGGCUGGUGGUAUGCGAAGAAUUCAACUAUCGGUUUCACCACGACCGUUCGUUCCGGGGGCGGAGAUGCACAUGCAACACCCGGAGGAUCAUCAGGAAUGCUUGGACAGCGAAGUACAGCAGUAUGAUGCUAACAAUGAAAAGUUUCAAUUCUUAGUGGCCAGUAGUGAUUGCGAUCCGACGCUGGCAAACGAAACUGAUAUCUACACUGAGAAGGCAAAAGAAGCACAACCUACUCGUAGUAACAAGGAUGAAACGGAAAUCAGCCGCCUGUUCGGCACUCAACAAAAAACCACCCAACGUUGCCUCAAGUGCAACACCGAAUGUGUGAAAAAUAAUAUCCUUCUGGUGUGCAAUCUCCUGUAUCCUACCAACACCAACAACCGACACGUCGACGGAACAUUUGCGUCAAUUUUGAAAAAUUCUAUGUCCGUUGAAAAAACUACACCGGCCUGGUGUGAGAAGUGCAACAAAUUCACCCCCACCAAUCAGAAGAGUCGCGUGGCUGAUCUGCCGGAAAUUCUAUCGGUUAAUUGCGGUCUGGAGACGGACAAAGAACUUGAAUAUCUGAAGAAACAAAUGACGCGUCCCUCUGCCCAGGUGUCUAGCGACGGGGACUCGCGAAAUGGUGCAAAUGUAGGUAACGGGAAAAUGUGUCGUUACGGGAUGCACUGUUCUCGGGUAGAUUGUCACUUUUCCCAUCCGAGAAAACCCCCACCGUCGUUCAACUCGAAUGCGUCUAAUCAAGGUCAGCAGAAAUCAUGGUUUCCGCUAAGCUUCCGAAUGACGUUGGACGAUAAGGAGAAUUUGGAAAUUGGAUCGCUAAAAAGUGCUUCCAGCUGUUAUGAAGGUUCCGAUGCUCACGAAAGCUGUAAACUAGAUACGCCGUUUCGAAAAUCGAAAAAGUAUCGCUUGUCGGCGGCCGUUUGCUACAUCAAUGACGGAACUCAGCGCAAUAUUGUAGCAUUGGUGCACGUACCCAAGAGCUAUCAUGAUCUCAAAACGGAUCGAAGCGGAGGAGAUGGCUCAUCGAGUUCCGGUUUCACCGAUGGGAAUUGGUACAUAUUCAAUGAUUUUAGUAUUUCCCCGGUGUCCGUACAGGAAGCGGUCUGGUUUACACUGGACUGGAAGGUUCCAUGCGUUCUGUUUUACACCAGUACCGCUCUCAGGAACGAACAAGGAGAGAACAAAGAAUGCUUAACUCAGUACGUGAAUCCAUUCACAAAUGAUCUGUUUACCGAACCGAACUCCGGUGAAAUCCGAGGUGACAAACAUUUUAAACCGUUGGGUAAAAAUGAGAUCUUUCAAUCGGGUGACUUGGUGGCAAUGGAUGCUGAAUUUGUCACUUUGAAUCCGGAGGAAAGUGAAAUCCGGUCCGAUGGUAAAAUGUCCACCGUAAAACCUAGCCACAUGAGUGUGGCUCGGAUCACGUGUAUCCGCGGGCAAGGUAAAGAUGAAGGAGUUCCCUUCGUCGAUGAUUACAUCUCCACGCAGGAGCAGGUUGUCGAUUAUUUGACAAAAUUCUCCGGAAUUAAACCAGGCGAUCUGGAUGCUAACUUUAGCAACAAGAGACUGACGACGCUGAAAAAGUCCUACCAAAAACUACGCUAUCUGGUGGACAGUGGUGUCAUCUUCGUCGGACAUGGACUUAAGAACGAUUUUCGUGUGAUCAAUAUAAUUGUUCCGCCGGAGCAGAUUGUUGACACGGUUUAUCUGUUUCAUCUGCCCCAUCAUCGUAUGGUGUCGCUCCGCUUUCUGGCGUGGCAAUUUCUCGGGAUCAAGAUCCAAUCCGAGACACACGAUUCCGUUGAGGAUGCCCGGACAGCGCUUUUGCUGUACAAGCACUAUCUCAAACUGAACGCUAAGGAUGAGUUUACGAUGGCGUUGUCGAAUCUGUACGAAACCGGCAAGAAGUUACAGUGGAAGGUGCCGGAUUAACGACGGAGGAAGAUGUGCCGCGAUGAGGAAUAGUGAUAUCAGUAUUUUCCCUAUCCUGCAAGAGAUUUGAGUGUUUAUUUUGAUGCUUGGGUUUGGGAAAUAAUGUAAUACUUUAUUAUUCAGAAUAUCCAUACAUUUGUCUUUUAUUUUUUUGUAUUACAUUUAUGUUAUUUAUAUUAAAAAAUCAGUGUCAAAAGUUUGUCAGAAAGAUAGCAUUUACACAUGAUGAUUGUACGCGCAUGAAUAAAAAGUUACUCAUUACAAAUAGUUGCUCAUGUUA